AUGAAGUUCGCCUCCGUUCUGGGCGUGCUGGGUGCCCUCAGCGCCGUCGCCGUGUGCGACGUCAAGGUGAAUCCACUCCCCGCGCCCCGCAACAUCACCUGGGGCUCCAGUGGGCCGAUCCCCGUGAAGCAGCUCUCCCUACACGUCUCGAACAAUGCCCACGCCCACGAUGCGCUGAACAACGCCUGGACUCGCGCCUGGACCGCCAUCACCACCCUGCAAUGGGUUCCCGCGGCCACCGAAGCCCCUAUCCCGCACUUCGACCCGUUCCCUACCACCGCCCCGAAGGCCAAACGCGCCGCGACCAAGGCCAUUACCGGCGUGAAGCUGUCGGUCGCGGACAGCCAGGCCGAUCUGCAGCAUGGCGUUGACGAGUCGUACACGUUGGAAAUCGCGGAGGGUUCGGACCGCGUUGCGAUCAGGGCCCAGACCAUCUGGGGCGCGAUGCACGCGUUCACGACUCUGCAGCAGUUGAUUAUCUCCGACGGACAGGGCGGCUUGAUAAUUGAGCAGCCUGUCAAGAUUCACGACGCGCCGUUGUACCCUUACCGGGGUAUCAUGAUCGACACGGGCCGCAACUUCAUCUCCGUCCCGAAGAUUCUGGAGCAGAUCGACGGCAUGGCCCUGUCCAAGCUCAACGUGCUGCACUGGCAUCUGGACGACGCGCAGUCCUGGCCCAUGCAGAUGCGUUCGUACCCGGAAAUGGUCAAGGAUGCCUACUCGCCUCGCGAAGUCUACACCAAAAACGACAUCAGACGCGUUAUCGAGUAUGCCCGUGCCCGUGCCGUCCGUGUCAUCCCCGAGGUGGACAUGCCCGGUCACUCCUCUUCCGGCUGGAAACAGGUCGACCCGAAGCUCGUGGCCUGCGGUAACUCCUGGUGGUCCAACGAUGACUGGCCCAAGCACACGGCCGUGGAGCCGAACCCGGGCCAGCUGGACAUCAUCUAUAACAAGACCUACGAGGUAGUCCGCAACGUCUACAACGAGCUAUCGGAGAUCUUCCCGGACAAUUGGUUCCAUGUCGGCGCCGACGAGCUCCAGCCUGGCUGCUACAACUUCAGCAGCUAUGUGUCCAACUGGUUCGCCGAGGACCCCUCACGCACCUACCACGAUCUCGCCCAGCAAAAAAAUCGCCGCAUCAUGAUGUGGGAAGACAUCUUCCUCUCCACCGAAGCCGCACACAAUGUCCCCAAGGACAUCGUCCUGCAAAGCUGGAACAAUGGCCUCGGCAACAUCGAUAACCUCACCGCCGCCGGCUACGACGUGAUCGUCUCAUCGUCUGACUUCCUCUAUCUGGACUGUGGCAAGGGCGGCUUCAUCACCAACGAUCCCCGCUACAACGUAAUGUCAAACCCAGAUGCCAGCACCCCCAACUUCAACUACCAAGGCUUCGGUGGCUCCUGGUGCGCCCCGUACAAAACCUGGCAACGCAUCUACGACUACGACUUCACAACCAACCUCACCUCCUCGCAGGCGCAGCACAUCCUCGGCGCCGAGGCCCCCCUCUGGUCCGAGCAGGUCGACGACGUUACCAUCUCCAGCUCGUUCUGGCCUCGUGCAGCCGCACUGGGUGAGCUCGUUUGGUCGGGUAACCGUGAUGCGGAGGGGAAGAAGCGGACGACCCUGAUGACGCAGCGGAUUCUCAAUUUCCGAGAGUACCUCGUUGCUAAUGGCGUCAUGGCUACUGCGCUUGUGCCGAAGUAUUGUCUUCAGCAUCCGCAUGCUUGCGAUUUCUAUUACAAUCAGACUGCUAUUGUUUGA